AUGUCUGUGUCGAAACCUAAUGCUCGCUGUCUGAAUAACAUAGUCUCUCGUCCACUUGCAAAUGGCGGUGUGGUUUCAUUUGAAGCCAGUCUUCGCAAUCCCUCUCUGCCACUGUCAAAUAAAAGGAGAGGCUGGAAUUCCAGCAAUCGUAUUUCGCAUCAGGAUUACGAAUGUGCGCUAUCACAGCCUCAAAAACCCGUCAGAGGCGGUGUGACAGAUUUGACUGAGAGACUUUCUAAGGCUUCUUCUAAACGUAAACCAGCUUGUAUAUCACGUUCAACCGUGGAAGUAGCAGCUCAGUCCUUUCCUGCCCAUGGAAUCACCGUGCAAACAAUGCAUACAUUGAAGGGCCUUGUGGACAACUUUGUUGAAAACCUCAUCAAUGGAACAAAUCAAUUCAACACAGAGAGCCUCGAAGGUCUCAAUAAAGUGUUCUCAAAAAUCACCAAGGAUCAAGUAAAUAAAUUCAAAUUGGCCGCGCUUAAUCAAAGACAGAGUGAUCCAAAUCAGGAUUUUCGAAUGAGCUUACCAACCGAUACUCUGUACCGGAGCCUUUUGUGGUGCCUUAUAUUUCAAGCCAGCAUAGACCUUUUGUCAAAAGAAACUACAAAUUGUAGUGUUUUUGGUCUCCUUGAACGUGCUUGGAGUUACAUACAAAAUCUAAAGGAAUUUUUCAGACCCUUCAUUAAGACUACCGAUGAGGUUAACGACAGUGUUGCUGUUGAACUGAAUCAAAACCAGUCGAAUGUGAGAGACUGUGAAGUUGAAAUCGAGACGACUUUCAGGUCUCGCGACCCCGAAGUCCUGCUGACAGAUGAAAGUUUCGUUAUACCACCUCCAGUCCUUCAUAAGCAUAGGAAACCCCACGCAUGUCGGAAAAAGCACCAUAGCAAUCCUGAACUAGAUGACCACAAGUCCUCUAGACACCACGAGUGUCAUGGGUUUAGAGAUGCUAAUGUCGGACCCUCAUGUACACCGGAGGUUUCUCUCAAUUCUAUCUGCUCAUACCUUAGUAAGGUUUCUGUAAAGGUGCAAACACUUCCUGAAAUGGUCAAUACCGAGACACAAUUUACACCUUUUCCUGACGAUCCACUAGCCCAUCUUUCGUUUCAAAUUGAACAGUCCAAACUGGAGGAUCAGUACAAAUCGACGCGGAUCCAACUGGCCAAUGAAGCUAGCAAGUAUCUUUCAGUGUUUCGAAAGUGCCAAAAUUUGCAAAAACAAUUGAGCAGCUGUUCGAGAACCAAUGACAACUUAUUCCAAACCUUUCAAAGGACUUCAUAUUCGUUCUGUCCCAAUUCCAUUUCCAGAUCAUCCGAUGAUGAGGGACUUCAGAAAUUCCGAAGAAUCUUCAAUUAUCCAUUGAUUGAAAGGUACCUGGUGCUACCCGUUGAAGUAUCGGAUUUGCUGCCUCCAAUGGUGCGGUGGGUAUCGAAGGUGACCGCAGACGACCCACUUUCUGAGUGUUUCACCACGCGUUCAGAGACUGUGUGUGCAAUGGCCCUGAGAAUACCGCUCAUCUCUCUCGCUGACAUUCAGUGGUACGCGGAGCAGACCAAGCGGUCCAACUCGGCGCGCAUGGAUAGCCGAUUUAGGCAGGUGAGAGCCCUACCCUUCCAGCGCCGCAUUGUGCGCAGAGCACUCAAAUAA